AUGUCUUUUGAUAAAUCAAAAUCCACUGUAAAGAAUAUUUUAUUUUUGGCAAUUGGUUCAAUGGGAGAUGUACUUCCUUUCGUAAAUUUAGGAGUAGGAUUUCGUCGUCGAGGAUAUAAUGUAAUAAUUGCCGCCAACACCCGAUUUAAAAAUCUUAUCGAAUCUAAUGGAUUAAAAUUUAGAGAGAUGAAGUGGGAUAUGCAAUAUGAAUGGCAAUACACUGAAGCUGGAAGAAAGAUGGUAAAAUAUUCGAGAAAUUCCGUAUUAGGAACUCCAACAAUGAUUAAUUUCCUUAAACAAGGAUUUUUAAAAUCGUACAAUGACGCCAAAGAAGUAUUAUUCGAUGUUGAUUUUGUUAUAUUGGGUACAGCAUCACAUUACAUGUAUCCCGAAUGCCUUUCUCGAAAUAUUCCAGUUGCCUAUAUAUGUUUUUAUCCAUAUGCAAGUUCAGAUGAUUUUAUUGGGGCAUGUUAUGGACAACCAUUUGAUUCAUUACAAUGGUUACCUUUCAACAUAGGUUCAAAAAUAUGGAAAACCAUCGAUAAAAUUGCUGUUCUUUGGGUAUCUAGUGGGCUUUUACCAAUUUACAAUCAAAGAAUGAAAGAUCUUGGUGGUGCGAUAGAAAAGAAUCAUAUUCCUGUAUUGCACGCUUCUAAUAAAAAUCUUAUUCAAAUUUCUCCAAAUCCAAAAAAUCCACUAGAGGUACAAAUCGAUUAUCCGUAUAUGACGGUUGAGGAAGAAAUAUCAGGAUAUGUUCCACCAGAAGAUUUGACAAAUUGGUUAAAUAAUGGAAAUAAACCAAUUUAUUUUGGAUAUGGAUCAAUGGGUAGUUUUGGUAAUGCUGAAAGUAGAGCACGAUUAUGGUUACAAGUAAUGGAUUUAUUACCCGAAGCACAUCGAGCUAUAUUUUCUGGUGUUAACGAUGUUCAUUUACCGGAAUUACGAAAUGCCGCAAGAUCCGGUCGUGUUUAUCUUAUCGGUCACGUACCUCAUGCUUGGCUUUUUACACGAGUUGUUUGUGUAGUUCAUCAUGGAGGUGCUGGUACAACACAUGCUGUCACCAGAGCAGGAAUACCAUCCGUAGUGGUCCCCCAUUUCGCAGAUCAACCAUGGUGGGCAUCGAUUUUACAUCGUUUAGGUGUAUCUCCCAAUGGAGGUUUAGAAGUCCGUUCUUUAAAUGCUGAAACCUUAUACAAAUCCAUAAGUGAAGUAUUAACGGAUGACAAGAUACAUGAUUUAGCUGAACAAUUAGGAAAAAAAAUUAAUGAAGAACACAAAAAAACACCUCCGAUAUUAAAUAUUGUAACUUUUAUUGAACAAUAUUGGAAUCAAGAAUCAGAUGUCACAAUUGAUGAUGAAAUUAUUCCAGAUUCAAAAUCAAAUCAAGUUGAAAAAUUGAUUCUUUCAAAAUCAUUUGAAGUUGAAAAAAAUAAUCAUAUUAUCGUACCUACAGUUACUACAGUUAUUGAGAAAUUGUAUUUGAAUUGUAUUUUUAUUGGAAAGAAAUAG